UUAAAAAACCAAUUUCCCGAUUUUCUAUAUCGUAAUCGUAAUAUGUAUACAUCUCUCACGCACAAAUAAUUACAUAAACACCCCCUCAAAAAUCCCCAAAUCAAUCAAUCUAAUCAAAUCAAUGGCCACCACCGCAACCACCACAACCGUCACCGCCGGCGAUCCCAACAACCACCACCGCCUUCAUCUAAACUCAAUUCCAACAAUUGACCUUCGUCUAUUAUCACAAUCCGAACUCUAUUCUCUAUCCAAACACUCCAAUUCCUCUUCCACUUCCAAUCUAAACGACGUCGUUAUACCUAAAAUCGACCGUUCCGUUUUCAACGAGUCCGCCGGUAGCCGGAAACAGACUUACUCACGCCUACGCCUUCUCCCUGCCACGUCAUCCGCGUCGGUGAGUUCCACGGCUGUUCUCCAUCGCACGCCUACGCGCACUCCGCAUCUCCGCGCGUCGGUUUCUCGCACUGCUGGUAAUUUGAUUGAUAAUGAUAUUCAUUAUAAUGAUAAUGAUCCAGAACAGGUUGAAAACUCUCAAAUUAUUCGUGUGUUGAAGGAAUUGUUUAAUUGUAAUGCUAGUUUAGACAGUGAUGUAGAUAAUGUCAAAAAUGACGUCGGUUUGGUUAGUUCGAACCCUAGUGUUAGCGAUUCUAUUGCCAAAAAUGAUGCUGUUUAUGUCGAUGCAAACCCUAAUGUUAACGAAUCGGUUCCGGUUGAAGUCAGAAAUGACGAAAGUGUAAAAAAUGUUAAGAAUGAUGUAGGCUCGAGCUCUAUUUUUAAGGAUUCUGUUCCGGUUGAAUCUGUAAAUGAUGAAAAUGUAAACAACGAUGAAUACAUUAAGAGCGAUGUUGUUUCUGAAUCGUUGAAUACUGAAAUGAAGAGAAAGAGAGGGAGGCCACGGAAAAAUGAGAAUGCUGUGUUGGUUAGCUCACCGGAAGCAAAGAGGAUGCGUAAUAGUUAUGUUAAGAAAUUAGUGGUGUAUGAUAACGAUAGAGAUAAAGAAAUUUUGAAUUGUAAUGGUGACAAAGUGAAUUUGGCCGAAUUAGGGAGAUUGGAGGAUCCGUAUGGACCGGAAAUUAGGAGGAGGACUGAAGGGAUGACGAGUCAAGAUGAGUUAUUAGGGUUUAUGAGAGGUUUGAAUGGAGAGUGGGGGACUACAAGGAAGAAGAGGAGAGUUGUUGAUGCAAGUGAUUUCGGAGUUUUUUUGCCUAAUGGAUGGAGGCUGAGUUUGGCUGUGAAGAGGAAAGAUAAUCGUGUGUGGUUGUUUUGCCGGCGUUACCUAAGUCCUAGUGGUCGGCAGUUUGAGUCAUGCAAGGAUGCAUCUAUGUAUUUGGUCUCCAUUGUUGGAGAAGAAAACUUGGAUAACCUAAACUUCACUCAGAACAUUGAUUGUGAUGACUCUGCUUUAAAAGGAGCUUUAGGGAAUGCUACAGAGCUGCAUGCACAGGAAGACCUAAAAGGAGAUAGCGUUGUUCACAGUAUAUCAGAACCACCAAUAUCUUUACCAUCAGACUUUGAUAAACAAGUUGCAUCAGACAUUGUGGAUUCUGUUUCUGUACAAGCAGAAGAAGUUUACAAGUGCCUUAAGUGCUGCAUGACCUUUAAAGGAAGGAUUGAUUUGUUGGACCAUGAGGCGUUAGUUCACAAAGAAGAUUUAGCUCCAAUUGAAGUCAAAAGAGACGACAUAAAUAGUGUGGUUUCUGAAUCGUUGAAUAAUAAAAUGAAACUGAAGCGAGGGAGACCACGAAAAAAUGAGAAUGCUAUUUUUACUGAUUCUCCAGCAACAAAGAGAAUGUGUAAUGAUACGACUAAGAAAUUAAUUGUUUAUGAUAAUGCUAAGGAUAGAGAAAUUGUGAAUUGUAGGGGUGUGAAAGUGAAUUUGGUGAACUUGGGGAGAUUGGAGGAUCCGUAUGCAUUGGAAAUUAGGAGGAGGACUGAGGGCAUGUUGACUCAAGAUGAGUUGUUAGGGUUUAUGAGAGGUUUGAAUGGACAGUGGGGGACAACGAGGAAGAAGAGGAGGGUUGUUGAUGCAAGUGAUUUUGGAGAUGCGUUGCCUAAAGGAUGGAAGCUGAGUUUAGCUGUCAAGAGGAAAGGAGGCCAUGUUUGGCUGUUUUGUCGCCGCUACAUUAGUCCUAGUGGUCGGCAGUUUGAGUCAUGCAAGGAAAUAUCUACAUACUUGCUUUCUGUUGUUGGAGAAGAGAACUUGGAUAAACCAAAUUGUGAUAACUCUUCCUUGGAAGGAGCUUCUGGGAAUGCUACAGAUGAUUAUGCUGGCCAGGAAGGCGCACAAAGAACUAGCCCUAUUCAUAAUCCAUCAGCAUCGCCAAUUAGUUCACCUACACACUGCGAGAAAAAAGUAAUUUUUAAAAGCGUGGAGCCUGUACAAGUAGAAGAGAUUUUCAAGUGUCUAAAGUGCUUCAUGAUCUUUGAAGGAAAGAUUGAUCUAUUGGAUCACCAGGCGUUGGCUCACAAAGAUGAAAGAUCCCAACUUGGUUCUGAAACAUCUGACUGGAGUAUAGUAAUAGGUGGGAUAUUUGAGUGCAAUCUCUGUCAUCAGACAUUUUAUGAGAAGAACCAGUAUAAUGCGCAUAUUGGGACUCAUGAUACAAAGGAGAAUAUGACUUAUGACGCAUCAGAAACUCCACUUGCAGAACAAACUUCUGACCCUGUAAUGAUUUCAUCUGAAAACUAUGUUGCAAGAGAAAAUUACGAUGCACUAUUUGAUGAUACCCUCAUAUCUGGUUCUCCUGAAAGUGAUCAUAACGUAAGUUCUGGCAUAGAAUCUAAAGCGGACAAGCUUGUUCAUGAUCUUAAUAUGAAUGGGGAUGUUUUAGCUGAAGAGUCUGGUGAUAGGACUGGAAACAAUUGUAAUGAAUAUAACAAUGAAGACUUUGUUCCCAAAUCUGAUUUUUGUUUGGGUGAUGAAGCUUCUAUGUCUAUUAAUAAAAGCAAUGGGGAGUUUAAAACAUCUGGUCAACCAGUUGAUUGCAAUGAUGACAUAUCCGAGUGUAUUCCUGAUCAAGGUACAAAUCCUGCAAGCUGUCGCUUUUCUUCUUUAUCUAAUGAACAGAUGGAUGGUGGCUGUGCUGUCAUUGAAAACGAUAUAGGUCAUAUUUCUUAUGGUCACGAUGCAGUUUCUGAUGCUAAUGUUCAGACUUCAAGCAUCUGUGAAAAGAAGGGUUUCCAAGAAAACAUCAAUGAUACACAUAUCUGUAGUUCCUUUGGUGAGUUGCCAUCUGAAAAGGAGAUAGCUUUCGGCAGUGACUCAUUGUGUGAGGUUUCCCAUGGCGAUCUUGCCUUUGAUGAAGAUGGUUUGACUGAAGGGAAGAAGCUUUCUAAUUCAGAAAGCCUUUCCCUUUUUUCACAAAGUAGUGAUACAUAUAAAGCCGUUAAUAAUGCAAGUAUGGUAUCUUCUAAAGAGCAAGAGUCUUCUCAAAAAGUAGGUUGUGCCGGUGUUCAUCAGGUACCUCAUGGCUUUGAUGAAAAUAGAUUCUCUUAUGACAUUGCAAGGUCCAAAGUUAAUGAACAAUACGAAGUCAGGAGCACAUAUGACGGCUAUAAGGAAAAGGAACCUGUGAGUAAGCAAAAUGUUUACGUUGGGAACAAUAUGAACAAUGUUUCUUUAGACAAAUCAAGGGUAGCCAAUUUAGGUGAGUUCCAAGCUGCCAGGAAUAAUGAAUCAAUCAACAAUGGUUCUUUGAGCAGCCGUCAGAAUGGGUUAAAUGCAGGUGUUAUGCCUUUUAACACAGGAAAAAAUCUGGAAGUCUCUUCGCUAGCUUCUCAUGAGAAUGAGCAAGCAUUUGGCUUUCAAGAUGAUGUAAGUGGUCUCUAUGACAACACUCAGGAGAGCUCAGAAAGGGGAUUGCUUGAUCAUUUCUGCGUUGCUGAAACCUCUGAUGAUAUUUUUGGGAAUAAGAUAUAUUCUACACCACUAGACGGACUUAAAUUUGAUGAAGGUGUUCAUGAGUUAAGCCUUGCUUUUGGAAAUUCUAAUCCUCAUGCUCUAUAUGCAGAUACAAUUAGUGUUAAUGAGCAGAAAAAAGAUGGUGUAAAUAGUGCACUCGUUCCAUCUAAGAUUGAGGAACCUUUUGAUGUCCAAACUGAUUUAAGUAUGGUUAAUAAUAGUAUGGUCGAGGAUCUCAGAAGGGGAAGCGACUCAGUUAGCGAAUCAUUUAGUUUAUCCUGUAGUGGUGAGAGUAGGGCUUUACAACAUAAUGGUAAUUCAGGUUACCUGGGUGGAACGUGGCAGGAUCUCAGAUCAAAUGAAUUUAGAAGUUCUGAAGACCAUAAGUUUAUGGUAGGUUCUGGUAGCAAUCAAAGCCAGUGUAAUGAAGGUCUGCCCCGUGGUAUGUGGAAACCUAAUCAAGCAAAUCAACUGCAAAGUGGCUUAGUGAAUCCUCAUGCACCGAUCCAGUCUGCUGGCUUUCAUACGUUUGACAUAAUGUCUGACAAGGCUGAAGACGGAGUCUUAAGAUUUGAUGGAAGGUAUAAUGACAGUUUGAGUACAAGUAAAUCUGAACCUGUGGAGUUCAGAUUUCUAACUGGCCGAUCUGACCAUAAUCCGCAUGCUCUUCAAGGGGGUUCCAGGGUAUCUCCAUACAACGCUGGGAUGGAACAAGGUUUUGACUCCACAUUUUGGAUGGGAAAGAAUGGCAUGAUGCCAAAUAUGGGUGGCAGGAAUAUGGUAACUAGUAUAUGUGCGUGGUGUAGGAAUGAAUUUCAUCUCCCGGCCAUGGCUUUUCAUUUUCAAACACAAAGUGGAGUUGGUUCUCUGUGUCCGACAUGCAGUGCAGGGAUGUCCGGACGAGCCAACAUGUUGUAGCAGACUAGCAUAGAUUUCUGCUUUAAGUAGGUUAUAAAUCACUUGAUGACAAGAAUUCUGGCAUAAGAUGUUCAACAGCAUAUGUAAAAUACUGAGUUGGUAAUUUUACCAUCAAUCUACUUUCCUCAGGCAAAGAAGACGAGAAGAACAGAAUUUGUAUAUCUGGUUUUUGUAUAUGCCACAUCUAUCAUGGUAAUUGUUCAAUUCUUGUAUGUUUGUUAAAAUAUCAGGGAUUAGUUAUUGUAUUUCCAUCUUUACUUUUGAUAUGAAAAUAUUAAGAUUAGUUAACCUUAGCCUUAAUGAGAUGCUUCUGCUGCUUAUGAAAUUCAAGAGUUUAAUUGA